CAGCGCGGAGGUGCGCGGAGUGGAGCGGGAAACAAAGGAGUAGAGUAGGGAGGGGAGUGAGUUGGGCGAGAGAGAGCCCCCGGCUGGCUGCCAGAAGAUCCUGGCUGGAGGAAGCCCAAGUGUCACUUGAAUUCCAACCCAGGAGUCAGCGCCUGGGACCCAAGCACCUUGUGUAGCAAUAGUGGCUGGAAUACUCUUCUGUAAGUUACCGGAGCGCCAGUAAAGGAGGAUCAUCGCCCGCCCCCCGCCACUCCGACUGCUGGCCCCUAGAAACCCCAGCUUAACCUCUCGCUGGGACGGGAGUUCCAGAAUGAAAAGCAAAAAGGGCCUUGUCGCGGCUUCCGGCAGUGAGACUGAGGAUGAAGACAGCAUGGAUAUUCCUCUGGACCUGUCCUCUUCAGCGGCGUCUGGCAAGAGAAGGAGGAGAGGCAACCUGCCCAAGGAGUCUGUUCAGAUCCUGCGGGACUGGCUGUAUGAACACAGAUACAACGCAUAUCCCUCCGAGCAAGAGAAAGCCCUGCUCUCCCAGCAGACACACCUCUCCACACUGCAGGUCUGUAACUGGUUCAUCAACGCCCGCCGCAGGCUCCUCCCUGACAUGCUGAGAAAGGAUGGCAAAGAUCCAAAUCAGUUCACAAUUUCCCGCCGUGGGGCCAAGAUUUCAGAAGCUAGUUCUGUGGAAGCUGCCAUGGGUAUCAAAAACUUCAUGCCAGCCCUAGACGAGAGCUCGUUUCAUUCCUGCACAGCUGGACCCAACCCAACCCUAGGGAGGCCAGUGUCUCCCAAGCCUUCCUCCCCGGGAUCCAUUUUGGCUCGCCCAUCAGUGAUCUGCCAUACCACUGUGACUGCACUGAAAGAUGGGCCUUUCUCUCUCUGCCAGCCGGUUGGUGUGGGACAGAGCACAGACGUCCAGCAAAUAACAGCCAGCAGCUUCACAGACACCUCUCUCGUGUACCCCGAGGACACUUGCAAAUCUGGACCGAGUCCAAACCCUCAGAGCGGCCUUUUCAACACUCCUCCCCCUACUCCGCCAGACCUCAACCAGGAUUUUAGCGGAUUCCAGCUCCUAGUGGAUGUUGCACUCAAACGAGCAGCAGAGAUGGAGCUGCAGGCCAAACUUACAGCUUAACCCUUCUUCAUCCGAAACAGUUCUCCACAAUACGGUCCUGACUGUCAGAGUGAUGGCAAGAGAUGCAUUAUUUUAUAUAUUUUUCUAUGAAUAUUUGCACAUGGGAUUGCUCAAACGAAGCUUCCUGUUACUAAGAUGUCUUGAUGUCUUCAAUGGAAUGCAGCCAUUCAUUCCAAGAACUACAAACUAAAGCUACUGUAGAAACCGAGGGUUUUCUUUUAAAAAUGUUUCUUGGUAGAUUUUUCAUAAUGUGAGAUGUUCCCAAUAUCAUGUGAUCUUCUCCCCCCUCCUUUUUUUUUUGAUGUUUUUUUUUUCCAGACUGUGCAAUACUUAGAAGCCGUAGCGUCUUUCUAUUUCCAUGUGGAACAGAAUACCCACAUACAGUCUAAUGAAUACAUUUUCAGUUUGUUUGUUUUUUUUUAAGAUUCAGGCAAGUAUGAGUCUAGUUGUUGGAUA